AAGAUCCGUCACCUCUCAGAUUUGACUUUAUUUGUUCAGGUACCUAUUUUCCCAGAUCCGGUACCUCUGGCGGCAUGACUUGACAUGGGCAGAGUCAUUGUGGGAGGUUUUGAAAACUAAGAGGCAGGGCGUUCAGUCCUGGGGGUCUGAGAGAAUCCCAGAGAGCAGAGAACUGAUCCCCAGCCUGGGACUGAAGAGUGGAGACUGGUGAGAGCCUGGAGGGGAGCUGUUGUUGUUGGACGAUGAGCCACCCACAGUACUACUGGAGUCCACCACCCGAUGUGGAGAGACAACACAGGGCCUGUAGAAUCGCUGGUUGUAACCCCAGCAGGAGUCCAGCCCUCCCAGUCCGUCAUCCUGCCUCGCCUGCUGCUGUUCUCAGGAGGGCCCUGCCUGCAGCUGUGAGGAGUUGCUGGAGGUGUUGGUGGACUAUUCUGGCGUGUGAAGGUCAUUACCACAAGGUCACAGGUCAGAGGCAACAGCAGCGUGCCAGGAUGUGCUGCCUGUCAACAUGGGCUCUCCUCCUAGCUCUGGGAGUCACCACUACGGCACAAGGAACAUGGAGGAGAGACAGUUUGAGAGUUGCGAGACAAAACAACCCUGCAGUGUACCACUCUGAAGAUAACUAUGAGUGGACCACUUGGUUCAACGUGGACCACCCUGGAGGUCGAGGAGACUAUGAGCAGUUGGAUGCUAUCCGUUUCUACUACCGUGCGCGGGUGUGUGACGUCCCCCGGGCCCUGGAGGCUCGCACCACUGACUGGAUCCCUGCUCGCAACACGGGGGAGAAGACUCACGCAGACCCUACCCUGGGCUUCUGGUGUGCCAACGCUGAGCAGGCCCCUGGCCGCAACUGCUCCAAUUACGCUGUGCGCUUCCUGUGCCCCAAAGGCAACACUGGGUCAGAAGGCAUACUGGAUGCCUGGGGUCCUUGGUCAGACUGGAGUCAUUGCUCUGCCAAGUGUGGUCUGGUGGCAAUGCAGGUGCGCUCCAGGAAAUGCCAGUCCCAGCCUAAGCAGUGGGAUAAGCAGUGCAGCGGACCUACAGUGGAGGGAAGAGCCUGCAAAGGACCUGAAUGCCCUGGGACUGGUUGCACACUCCACUGUGAGAUGGGUAGGGUGAAUGCGGAGUGUGACACCUGUAUGUGUCAGGACCACAUUGUACUGGGCUCUGUCCGCAGUGCUGGAGGUCUCCCUGCCCCAGGGGCCACCAUCCUCCGCUUCGGCCCCAGCUCCAAACUCCUCACCGUCACCGACCACAAUGGACACUUCCGCAUCCCAGGGAUCUGUCCCGACGGCAACGCCACACUGACCGUCCAGCUGCGGAACCACGCCCCUCACACUGUCAUCGUGCACCACAGCACCGAACGCACCUCUGUCCUCAGUAUCAUGCUGAAUAGAGCAGAGAAGCUCCAUGUGGUGAAGAACCCUGAAAACAAGGCCAGAAGAGAGGGCCAGACAGCUGCUCUCUGCUGCAAAGUAGGUGGAUUACCAGAGCCAGACGAUUACCAGUGGUUUCACAACGGCAGCCUGCUGGACAGGAAGCAGCUGAACUAUGACAGCACGCUGGUCUUAAGAAACCUGAGCAUGGAGCAGACUGGGGAGUACUACUGCAGAGCCAGCAACCAGGCUGGGGCCAUCAAGUCCAAACCUGCCAUAGUCACAGUCUUAGGUAAAGAUCAACCUUCAUGUAACUCAAAACCCGACUCCUACCUUAUUCGCUUACCUCAUGACUGCUAUCAAAACAGCACCGACUCACUCUAUUAUAACGUAGGAAAGUGCCACUCAGGGACUUGUGCAGGWCAGCUGGACAAUGGAAUCAGGUGCAAAGACUCAGUGGCAUACUGCUGUGGGGUGGCAAAGAUGGAGAAGAAACAACUGAAAUGCCAGGGCUAUGAGCUCCCCACCAUGGUGGYGACCGAAUGUGGCUGCCAGAAGUGUGUGGAGACCAAAGUCAUUGUGCGUGGGCGGGCYRUGGCYGCAGACACUGGGGAGCCCAUGAGAUUUGGUCAYGUCUAYAUCAAUGGAGCCAGAGUCAGCCGCACAGGCUACAAAGGCACCUUCUCCAUCCAGGUCCCCCUUGACACUGAGAGGCUGGUGAUGACCUUUGUGGACAACAUGGAUAAGUUCGUCAACACCACCAAGGUUCUUCCAUUCAACACCAAAGGGGGCGCCGUCUACCAUGAGAUCAAGCUUUUGAGGAAGAAGGAACCAGUGACCAUCAGCUCAACAGAGCUCAACACUCUUCAGCUGGGAGAGGUGGAGGGCCAGGAUCCUAUUGCUGAGAUCCAGAUCCCACCCAACUCYUUCUACAAGCAGARUGGAGAAGUAUUUGUGGGUAAUGUGAAGGCUAGCAUCACUUUUCUGGACGCUAGAGACGUGUCCACAGCAGCAGCCGCACAGAGUGACCUCAACUUCRUAGGAGAUGAGGGUGACACCUUGCCCCUGAGAACMUACGGUAUGUUCUCAGUYGACUUCAGGGACGAGGAGGCCGGAGAACCACUGAACGCCGGAGAGGUGAAGGUGAAAAUGGAUUCAACACAGGUGAAAAUGCCUGAGCACCUGGACACCAUGAAGCUGUGGUCCUUGAACCCCGAYACAGGCWUGUGGGAGGAGGAGGGGAKCUUCCAGAUGGAGAAGAAGCAACGUGGUAAAAGGGAAGAGAGGACCUUCCUCAUUGGGAACAUGGAGAUCAGAGAGAGGAGGCUGUUUAACCUGGACGUCCCAGARAACAGGAGGUGUUACAUCAAGGUGCGAGGCUUCCGCAGCGAUCGCUUCAUGCCCAGUGAGCAGGUAGAGGGAGUGGUGGUGACCCUGAUCAACAUGGAGCCCACUGCAGGUUACUCCUCCAACCCUCGUGCCUGGGGACGCUUUGACAGCGUCAUCACUGGCCCCAAUGGUGCCUGUCUGCCUGCCUUCUGCGACGACCAGAAAGCUGACGCAUAUUCUGCCCACGUCAUGGCCAACAUGGGAGGAGAAGAACUCGAGGCAGUCCCAUCUGCUCCCAAGUUUAACCCCAACAUCAUUGGAGUCCCUCAGCCAUACCUGGGCAAGCUGAACUACAGACGGUCAGACCACAAUGACCCCAGGUUAAAGAAGUCAGCCUUCAGCAUCAAUGUGGCCAAGCCCAGCCCAAACACAGCUGAAGAGCUCAACGGACCGGUGUACUCAUUUGACCAACUGAAAGAGUGUGAGGAAGCCCCAUUUACUGCAGGUCACUUCCGCUUCACCAGAGUGGAGGGAGAUCGCUACGACUACAACACAGUGCCUUUCAACGAAGACGAUCCUAUGAGCUGGACAGAAGACUACCUGAGCUGGUGGCCCAAGCCCAUGGAGUACCGAGCCUGCUAUGUCAAGGUCAAGAUCAAUGGUCCCCAUGAGAUCAACAUGCGCUCCCGAAACCAGGGCGGCACUCACCCCAAGACCGUUGGCCAACUGUAUGGCCUCCGCGACACCCGCAGCAUCCGCGACAUGGACCAGUCCACCGUCUCUGCUGUGUGCCUGGAGUUCAAGUGCAGCGGCAUGCUCUACGACCAGGACCGAGUGGACCGCACUCUGGUGAAGGUGAUCCCUCAGGGCAGCUGUAAGAGGGACAAYGUYAACUCCAUGCUUCARGAGUACCUGRUUAAUCACCUGCCWCUAGCCGUCAACAACGACACCAAUGAGUUCACAAUGCUGGCACCACUGGACCCUCUGGGCCACAACUAUGGCAUCUACACAGUGACAGACCAGGACCCCCGCACAGCUAAAGAGAUAGCACUGGGACGCUGCUUUGAUGGCACCUCUGACGGCACUUCCCGUGUCAUGAAGAGCAACGAGGGAGUGGCACUUACCUUUACCUGUGGCAACCGUGAGGUGACCCGUCAAAGCGUGUUCCAGGCUCUGCAGAACUCCCCCGGGCAGUCUCUGGCGAGUGCAGUGAGGGAUGGCCGAGGCAGGAAGCAGAGAGCAGGAGCCAACGCACUCCGCAACAGUCGUAGACGCAGUACUCGGAAUCCCACCGCCACACGCACCUCAGGCUAAAGCACAGCACUACAGAUCAGGGUCUCCACAUCACAAUCACAUCAGACAUGUUGGCAAAUCACUAAAGAAAGUGGGUAUUAGUGAUGGGAUUCAAAUGUAUAUAUUUUAGCCCUUUAGUAAAGAUACACAGGUUUUUUGUCUUCAUAAUGUAAGGUUUGUAAUAACAUUUGAUUUGUUACUGAAAUAUGUUUAUCAAUUGUAAGGCCCAUAACCAUAAAUUCAUAACUGAACAAAUAUUUUGUUAUCUAUAACACAGGUAUCGCCCAGGGAACAUUGAGAUUUUAAUGUUACUGCAAAUAAUGUAUUUUCUUAAACUGUGGUGUGAUUAAUAUUUACUACUUGAAAUUGUAAAUAAUGGGAUAUUUAUUACACAUGCCAUUCAAGAAUGUAACCUGUGAUGAAGACACCACGCCCCAAAUAAAACAAGAACAACCUGAGAACAUG